CUGAAGCAGCGUUGUGUGUUUGUGCGCCUGCGAAGGAUGAAGACAAGACAUAGCGCCCUCGUGAUCUUCAUCGUUGCUUCAUGGGUGGGACUAGCGCAGUCGUGGGGUGGAGGGCGACGAGCAGAAGACAAGACACACACUCUUGCGUGGGAGGCAUUCUCCGCAGAUAUGGGUCGAGGCGAUUGCACAAUGGACUCCCUUUCGGAACAAGCUAGCGUCACCUUGCCAAUCGGACAGACCGUCACCAAGGAUGAGUACCGGCUAGCGUGCGAGAACAGCAUGGGGGACACAACCGUCGGCGAGACUUCCCUCCACGACGGGAAGUUGGUCUCGAUCGACAGGGUGAACUUUAGCGUCGAGGCGAUGGUGACGGCAAAGGCGACAUCGCUCAAGACCGGCUUCCAGCAAGACGUCAGCUACCCCGCGGCUUUUUUCAUGACGAUCGACCUCAGGACAAAUAAGUUAGCUGAAGUGCGCAUGUACGCGCAAAAUAUCGCCCUGCUGGCGGCGAGGGGGUACACCAUGAUCCCAUCUAGCAGCUAUGGUCCGGUCAUCCGCCCGGUGUGAUGAUGAUGCGGUGCACAACCGUUCUGUUGAUGGAGUAUUUUGGUUUCUUCGGCGA